CAUUACCUAGGUACCUAAGUAACAGUCAAUGUACUGCCUACCGGGUAGGUACCUCAUAAUGAGAUGUAGGAGGAGGUAAGUCCUACCUACAUAGUCGUACUUCGUACUACCUUUUUAUGUUAGGUACAUAAGCCUUAAGGUACCUUAGGUAAUGUGGAAACUGCUGUGGCUUGCAGGUUGCAGAGUGUGGCGGUCUUUUUUAGUUACCGUUUCCCCUUGCUACAGCCUACAGGUGACCCUUGCUGCCUACUACCUCAUUCUCUUCUGAUCCAAACUCCAAACUACAUCCCCCCAUUCUUGUGAAUGCCGAAUACAUCAACGCGCCUACAACGGAAGUUUUGCCUUCUUCCAUGCAGAUAUUGCCCAACAGUCUCGUGUUCUCAACAGAUUACCGAGUCUAGCGGCAAUCUCAUUUGUGUGGCCCGAGAAAAGCUUACCGAGCUGCUGUGGGGAUUGAGGCUUAAACCGUUGCAAGAUCAGGAGCCUCACUAGCACUCUCUUUCUCUCGCGCGCGUUGUACACACCACUUCUUACACCGUGUGUAAUUAGAAGAUUGGAAGAGUGGGAGAGGGUCUGCCUGAUCCUAUUGAAGCUUAGAGAUCGUCCCCCGUUAUACGCCUUUCAAAAUCGUCAUCAUCUCGUCUAAGUAGUACUACCGUCUAGGCGAGCAAUGGCGGAUGUUCCGUUGCAAGUCAUCUCCGAGAAUUCAAUCUCAGAACGACGAAUCACUCCGUCAUGGUCGAUCACUCAACUGAAAAGGAAACUUGAGCCUAUCACGGGCAUUCCUCCUUCAUCUCAACGCAUUAGCUUGAAAACUGCCUCGAAAGACUCCAUUCCAGUCGAGGCUGCAGAUGAAGAUGCUGUGCUUUUAUCGAGUUUCCCCCUAUCUGCUUAUGCAGAACUGCAUAUUGUUGAUACUCGUCCAGCCAGCGCCAAGCUGAACUUCAAUGACACGUCAGGCGUUGAGAAAUACAUCAUGCCCCCAGAGGAAUACGAGAAGAAAUCCGACUCGGUCUUGGCGUGGAAAAAGGCCGAAAAACUAGGCCGCUUCAACCCAGAUGCUCCCAGUUUGGAGAAGGCUAAGAUCGACGCUUUUGACUUUGAAGUCAGGAGCAGGGGCAUAGAGGUAGGCAAGAGAUGCAGAGUUGGUGGUGACGACACCCGUAGAGGAGAAGUGAAGUACGUCGGGGAGGUAAAAGAGAUCCCGGGCUCUAUAGGUGCUUGGGUUGGGGUUCAACUUGACGAACCAGUAGGGAAGAAUGACGGUAGCAUCGGAGGUACCAGAUACUGGGGUACCGAGUCUACGCUCAAGCAUGGUGUGUUUGUAAGGCCAGAAAGGGUCGAAGUGGGUGAAUGGCCUGUGCUCAAUGAUUUGGAAGACAUGGAAGAAAUAUGAUAUAGUUGAGCAUCUCAUUGUCUGUCUACGUAUAAUCCGGUGUAGCUUCCAUAGCUUCCAUAGCUAACACACAAAACCAAUACGAGUAUUCCCACCAGC